GUUAACUGAAGACCAUAGCUCUUACCCCCUUGCUGGUCUUCUCUCCGAACCUGGUUACGUCGAGUGUUCAUCUUCUUCGUGCUCAUCCGAUCAUUUUCUUCUUUUCCCAAUCCCAGAUUUUCCGGGAAUAUUGUUGUGAUUUUCUCGUCAUCGUCCUCUAUCUUCUCCGGUGAUACGAGUCAACCCAUCUCCGGGUUUUCUCACUUCCGAAACCCGGAUUCUGAUCUUCGGAUGGGAUCGAAUCCUCGGGUUGAUCCGGGAACAGACCCGAUUCACUCUCCUGUUCUUCAGAAAUUCAAGCUCUACAAGACCCACUCAAAUCUUUAUCUGGUCGGCAGAGACGAGAAGAAGACUUUCCGGAGAAUCCUAAAGAUUGAUCGUACCAAUCCAACAGAGCUGAAUCUCUUCGAAGAUCCGACAAAUUACUCGAAAGAUGAAUGGCGCGAGGUGAAGAGACGGAUAAACGAAGGGAACAAGAAGUUCGGUGGGCUCCAAGAGGUCACAACUUGUUACGGAAUCAUCGGAUUUGUAAGAUUCUUGGAACCAUACUAUAUGCUGAUGAUAACGAAAAGAAAGAAGAUGGGUGUGAUUUGUGGGCAUACAGUAUAUGGUAUUGCAGAGAGCAGAAUGAUCACAAUUCCACAUCCUUCAGUGCUGAGCGAAGCGGCUGAUUCUUUAUCCGAGAAUAGGUACAAGAAGCUCUUAACCAUGGUGGAUCUUAGAAGAGACUUCUAUUUCAGCUAUACAUAUCACCUCAUGUAUAGCCUUCAGAAGAACACAUGCAACAGUGAGAGAGGGAAAGAUCACUACAACACACUGUUUGUCUGGAACACAUUCUUAACCCGUGGGAUCCGAAGAAUCCUCCAGAAUACCGUGUGGACAGUUGCAUUGAUUUGUGGAUUCUUUAAUCAGAAUAAAUGCUCAAUAAAUGAUACAGAAGUUGUAAUGACUGUCAUAGCUCGACGUUCACGACAUUUUGCUGGUACCAGAUACUUAAGACGUGGUGUAAAUGAGAUGGGCAGAGCAGCCAACGAUGUCGAGACAGAGCAGAUUAUUUCCAAAGAAGUUCCCGAUGAUGGUCAGAGAGUGGUAAUAAGUUCGGUUGUGCAGAACAGGGGCUCCAUCCCCCUAUUUUGGUCCCAAGAAACAUCUCUCUUUAAUCCACAACCAGACAUACAGCUAUACAAGAAUGAAAUGAAUUAUGAGGCGACUAAACGCCAUUUUGAGAAUCUAAAACAGCGAUAUGGGGAUCCAAUAAUCAUCCUUAACCUGAUAAAGGCAAGUGAGAAAAAGCAUCGAGAAACCAUCCUACGUCCAGAAUUUGCAAAGGCUAUCCUAUUUAUAAACAGAAGCUUGAAGAAGGAGAAUCGUUUAAGGCCAAUUCAUUUCGAUCUCAGUAAACACUUCAAAAUUGGAGCUGAAAGUGCAUUCGACCGCUUGUGCACGUUUGCAACGGAUGCAUUGGACUUGACUGGUAUAUUUUGCUGUGAAGCUUCUACGAGUGUCGGAUCCGAAGAACUACUGAAUGACUCAUGCUUUGAGAACUCGGAUGCAGAUGGCUUCACUCAAUCUCUUCCGGGUAGGGACGAGGAAACGAUUAAUGCAGAGAAGGGAACAUUCUUGACUGAUAUAUCUAUGCUUCAAACUGGGGUUAUGAGGACAAACUGCAUAGAUUGCUUAGACCGCACAAAUUUGGCUCAAUAUGCACUUGGACUGAUGGCUCUCGGGCGUCAAUUUCAUGCCUUGGGUAUUACAUCAUCAUCUAAUUCUGAUCUUAGUAGCCAUCCAUCAACAACUUUGAUGGAAAUUUAUCAGACUAUGGGCGAUACACUUGCAUUGCAGUAUGGUGGUUCGGAAGCACACAGCAAGAUGUUUUGUGAUCUGAGAGGUGAGCGCAACCUGGUGAAUCGACACCGUGAUAUUUUUACGGCUUUGCGUCGUCAUUACAGUAAUGCUUAUCUUGAUGGCCAGAAACAAAAUGGCAUCAACAUGUUCUUGGGUCAUUUCCGACCACAACUGGGGAACCCGGCAUUAUGGGAGUUGGAUUCUGACCAUCAUUACAACAUCGGGAGAUAUAGUGCCAACCUUGAUAAUGAAUACCCGAGACCGGCUAUGAGGAGAUCAUUCUCAGAUAAUAAUAUCAUCUGGGAUGGUGAUUUGAACAUCGAGGAGGCUAUUGUCAGAGAUUCUCAGCCUUCACGUGAAGGCAUUAACGGAGGUAUCUCAGAAUCCAAUCCAGAUCUCCCAGUCAUCGAAGCUGAAGCUUUUUCUCCUCCGAGCUUCCUGUCGGCCAUUUGUUGUGAACAUCGUGUGGGUUCGAGCCAGAUGUUUCCGGGCAACUGUUCUUGUUCUACUGAAGGCCAUGACGAUAAUUAUGCUUUUGUGAAGAGUAGAUAUGCUCUGGUGAAGAAGUCCUUUGAAAAAAGCAGCACCUUGUCUUGGUCUUCGGACAACAUUUAUACCGAUAUGGAAAACGAAUCCAUCACUUCUUCAAGUAGAACGAACUCCACUGUCGAGUUUCCUCCGAGAAGGUUUGAUCUUGAUUGGUCAGAAGGAGGCGAGGAUGUUCACGUACCGGGUUUCUCACAAGAGUUUACCAACUGGAUCCAUUACGGAAGUGUACUGUGACAAUAUACAGUUCUUACCUCCCUCUGGAUUUUUGCUCACAUCCUUCAGAAAAUCGUUUUGGAAGAAACCGCGGUACCUUGUACAGGAAGGUACAGGGUAACUUGGUACACACGGUAGGGUUAUAUAUAUGAUGGAAAGUCCACAACCAAGCCAUCUCUUUGUAAAUAUCCCCAUUUAGACAACACAUCUUGCGAGCUGUCCCAUUUUUCAUUCCGGUUCAGGUCCCGAAUGAGUUUGGUCCGGUUUAUACCAACCAUUUCAAUUUGGUUUGGUUUGAAGUAUUUUGCCAAACCAGUAUUUUCGGUUCUAUCGAAUUUGUAAAUUAGAUUAGCGUGACGGUUACAAAAGCUUUAUUUUAUUCUCUGUGGAAAUGUGAGAUGGGUCGGUCCAGUUUUACUAUAACUAUUAUACAUUUGGCGUUCCGCAUAUUCA